AUGAACGAACAGAUCGAGCUGCUGUCGAGGCUGAACCACUGCCACGUGGUGCCAUUGCUGGGGUACUGCUCGGAGCGGCAGGGGCGGCAGCUGGAGCGGCUGCUGGUGUUCGAGUGCAUGACCAACGGCAACCUGCGGGAGUGCCUGGACGACCUCAACAGGAAGCCCAUGGACUGGGCGACGCGCGUCGGCGUGGCGCUGGGCGCGGCGAGGGGCCUCGAGUACCUCCACGAGGCGGCGGCGCCGCGCAUCCUCCACCAGGACAUCAAGUCCACCAACAUCCUGCUCGACGACCGGUUCAGGGCCAGGAUCACGGACCUGGGCAUGGCCAAGUGCCUGAUGAACGACGGCGUGGCGAGCUGCUCCAGCUCGCCGGCGCGCAUGCUGGGCACCUUCGGGUACUUCGCCCCCGAGUACGCCAUCAUCGGCAAGGCGUCGCUCAAGUCGGACGUGUUCAGCUUCGGCGUGGUGGUGCUGGAGCUCAUCACGGGCCGGCAACCGGUGCACAAGAGGGGCGGCGCCGGCGCCGGCGGCGCGGGCACGGACGAGAGCUUGGUGAUGUGGGCGACGUCGCGGCUGCGGGACAGUAGGCUGGUGGUCGCGGAGCUGCCGGACCCGGCGCUGAAGGGCGCGUUCCCGCCCGAGGAGAUGCAGAUCAUGGCCCACCUGGCCAGAGAGUGCCUGCAGUGGGACCCCGAGGCCAGGCCCACCAUGACCGAAGUCGUCCAGAUCCUCUCCACCAUCGCGCCCCUCGCCGACAAGCGCCGUCGCCACCACCUGCCCGCCGCCGCCGGCGCCUUCGCCCCGGGCUUCCACGCCGAGAGGCCGCGGGAAUGCUCAGUGUGGCAGGACGACGACGACUACGGCCAUCGCCGCGAUCACCUGCACGGAGGGUACGGCAGCAAUGCCAAGGGCGCCGUCUUGUCCGGAGAGGUCACGGUUAACGUCGGGAUGCCAGUGACGAUGAUGACGACGAUGGGGCGGAGCUGGCGGUCGGCGGAGCAGGAGGAGGUGGACCUGACGGAGCCGCGGCUGGAGACGUUCACGGAGCCGACGACGACAGCCAGCCCCUUCAGGUGAACGUGAGAUGAAUCGAAUACGUCGUAGAAUAGAUUGAUAGAACAGUCAAGUAGAGCCAGAGAAGAAAAAUGUGAGUGAGAUGCAUUGUACAGGCAAGAACGUAAUCAAAUCAAUUUGAGAAGAAAAAUGUGAGUGACAUGCAUUGCGACCAAA